AACAGUGGUGUAUAGUUGAUGCAUAUUGAACCUGCAGCUAUUUCUCAUAUCACAUGAAUGAAUAGAAUGUUGAAAUUCAGUAACACUGGUUUUAGUUCUGCAAAAUAGACCCUGUAGCCUUUAAAAUUAAGGUGCUUUCUUACAGCAAAACUGUGUAUUAACUACCAGGUUAGGGUGGAUUGAAGGCUUUAUCAAGUCAAUUGUUUUUAAUUGAAGAUUAAUGCAUGAAGAAGAAGAAGAAGAAGAACCUUACACAAUAAUGGGUUUCCACAUACAAGAGUAUUGUGAGCCCAAUAUGUUUAUUUUCUCUUGAGGUAAUCAGCCAACACUCUGUUGCAGAGCCGGUUUUUGGCAUAGGCGGGAUAGGCAGUCGCCUAGGGCGCCAGAUCCGAGGAGCGCUGGUAGAUCUCAUAGGUGUGAACGUUGGCGCUCAUCUUCAUUUUCUGCCUUGAUGUAAGAAACAUACAUUACUAAUUAAAUACAGGAAACACCCUUUUACCCCGGUUACAUUUUUCAUUUGCCACUGAAAAGUGAUGACAGUGGGGGAUAGAGACUUACCAGGCGCCCGCAGCUCACAGCCAAAGUGCGGCAGCAGCUCGAGCUGAAAGAGGGACAGAGGAGCGCACGGGUUACUGGAUCUGGUGCUAGCUGCGCUAACGGAUAUAAAAAGGGAGAGAGGCUCUGAUAACUACAGCUCAGAGGAACCUCAAGGGGUUAUUUCUCCGAUCUGCAGGCAGCGCGGCAGCACAUACCUCAACAUGCAAUGCGAAUUCAACAGCACCUUCCUCAUCAGCGUGCUCCCGCCACUGCUGAUGACAGAGUCUUUCUUGGGAAUCUUUGGCAAUGGUUUGGCUCUCUGGAUCUUCUGCUUCUGCAUGAAGCCCUGGAAAAGCAGCACGGUGUUACUCUUCAACCUGGCAAUGGCUGAUUUCAUGCUGAUCGUGGCUUUGCCUUUCCGUGCAAGCUACUACUUCUCUGGGAUCAAGUGGAAGUUUGGAAAUCCUAUGUGCAACAUCUGCCUCUUCAUGUUGGCCCUGAACCGCAGUGGAAGCAGCAUCUUCUUAAUGGCCAUCGCUGUGGACAGGUACAUGCGCGUGGUGCAUCCCCAUCACGCCAUCAACUCUCUGAGCAUCCCUAAAGCCAUCUGUGGGGCGCUUGUACUGUGGCUGUUGACUAUCUCAUUGACAGUUAAUAUUUUCAGUCUGCAACACAUCAACACGACCUACUGCGAGAGCUUCAAGGUCAAUAUUGAACCCUUGGCCAAUGUGAACUGGCACAAGUUUGUGUUUAUCUUCUCCUUCUACAUGCCUCUGUUUGUGAUUCUCUACUGCACUAUCCAGAUUAUCAGACACCUGAGACGGAGACAGUUGUCCCAUCAGGCAAAGAUUAAGAAGGCUCUUUGGUUCAUCGUAGUCGUGGCGGUGAUCUUCAUGUUUUGCUUCCUCCCGAGCAACAUCACGCAGCUGAUCAUUUGGAUCAAGACCCAACAGUUGGCCAGGCACCUUCCCGAAGCUCAAGUCUGCCAGGCUAUGAACAACCUGACCACCGUGUUUUACAUCAGCAUCAGCCUGACCUACCUGAACAGCGUGUUGGACCCUGUGGUUUACUACUUCUCCAGCCCUACCUUCAAGAGCAUCUGCAGGAAAGUUCUACAUCUGUCCCAAACAGACAACGCUGAAAGUUCAGAGAAAAAAAUUCGAGAGACCGGCUCCCAGUCGCUCAGCCAGCUGUGAUCUCAACAUCAAGGAAACUCUGGGGUGGAUGCAGCUUAAAGUAUGAUUCAAAGUGAUAAGAUCUUUUUGAUCUGCAGCUAACAAGAUAUAUUUACCUUACCUUUCUUAUACAGUAUCCAGUACAUGACUGCGCUUAAAAAUAUGUAUUGUCUUGCACACAUAUGCUGUCAUUUAGUAAAGUUUACCUUUUGAUAUAUUGAUGACACAUUUGUAGUUAUUUUGCAAAAGACAUGAUGUGAAAGGACUGACAUAUUUUAAUAUAUGUCCAACUUAUAGACACCAAACUAUGCACAAACUGUAAAAGUCAAAAGUACAACAUUAUGUAGUUAUUAUACAAGUCCUGUGAAUUAUUCAGAUGUUUUUAUAUAUAUUAUGUGAAUUAAACACCCUCUAGUAAUAGUGAGAAGUGCUUUUUGGUUAAUGAAACUCAGCAGUUGGUAAAUAAUGUGUCAUUGCUUUCUGUUGUCAGGUGACGUAUGAUCAAAAUAUGUCAUGAAAUACAUCAUAGAGAUUUUGCUGUUUCUGGAUAUUUUAUUAUGAAAUGCAUCUUUGCUUUUUAUAUGUGGAUUGAAUUCAAACUGAAAAUAAAUCUUUAAUGCACGGUGAGAACAA